AAAAUUAAUUUAUUUCAGUAAACCCUAGCAACUGUAACAAUAAAACUUUUGUCAAGACUAAAUGUUGCUAUAGAAACGAAAGAUGAUCUUUUUAUCAGAGGCGUACAACGAAUUUGGACAUAAAUUUUAAUAAUUUUUAUCUCUAAACGGAGAACACUUUUACCUGAACUUUUUUUAACUUUUAGCAUCCAUACUUCAAGACCAAUUCCCAAUUUUAUUUUGUACGUACCUUUCAAUAACACGCUGUAUAUAAAAAAAAAACGGAAGUUUGACAGAUAUGUCAAUAUCUGCUGACAACCGAAAAUUAUAGAAAACAUGAUACCAAUUUCAACUAAAAAUCCAGGAUUGCCAACAGACCUAGUCCUUUCUGAUCACGCGGUAUUAUACAUCAAACUGCAGCCUUAUUUAUGUUCUAAGUUUCUAGAAACAGUUCAAUCAACCAAAAAAAUGUGACAGAAAUAUCAUAAUCUUGUUCCCUCCUUUUUUGGUGUUAAAUUUCUGAUUCGAGCCGAUUUCCACAACUACAGACAUCUAGCGGAAGACACCCAGAACUCUUCAUAGACUUCCACACACUUACCCAACGUAUUGAUUUUUAUGACUCCUGGUGCUGGCCACACGAGGGCGCCCCUCCUCAUCACCGCAGCAACAAAAUUCCGGGCCAAAAUUUGAUUCCUACUUAUUCCCUCGACACAACAAAACUAUCAGAUCUCCCGUCCAAUAAAUUUUAAAUUCGAGCCUAACGAUAACCACCAUUUAUCCGUGUCAAAAAAACAAAAACCCUUUUCAUAGUCGCGCCUACCAAACAAUUAAAACUCAAUUCCCAAACGGGUCUAAAAUUAACAACCUAACAGUCUUAAAUGCAAUUGACAUAGUCUGACCUCGUUCAGUCCGUUGAUAAUUUCGACCCCCGUAGGUGUUCCGUUUAACAUUGUAUCACCGGUCCUGCAAUAAGUUUUUAAUUUGUGGACGAGUUAAACCUCAGUAUGUGCGCUGUCACACUUUCAUACCCACGAUGUCCCCGUUGGUGUACCUUUCCCUGAUCGCGGCCCUACCGGUGGACGGGAAAGUGUGUAAAUCUCUGGAUGUGAGAAACACCCCUGAGCACAUCUCGGAGUUCAAACACUGCCGGGUGAUAGAAGGCCACCUCCAGGUGGUCUUGAUCGAAAGAAGUGACGUGACGGAUUUUCUAAAUAACAGCUUCACGGAACUUUAUGAAAUCACGGAGUAUUUGAUCAUCUACAGGGUGAUGGGGUUGCCGUCUCUGGAUGUGAUUUUCCCGAAGCUAACGUCGAUUAAAGGGGAGAAGUUAUUCAUGGGGUUCGCGUUGGUCUUGUAUGACCUGCGGAAUUUGCGAGAGAUAAAAUUGACGAGUUUACGGACCAUCGGGAACGGGGGUGUGAAAAUUAACACUUGUCCCGAUUUGUGCUACGUGGAUACCGUGAACUGGGAGGCACUCGGGGUUUCCUAUCUGGCUUACGACAGACAAUCAGAGUGCGAAGGGGAGGGAUGUCCUCUUCAUUGCGGAGGGUACUGCUGGAGCGACUACGAGUGUCAAAAUUUGGCCAAAAGCAACUGCCACUCUUUGUGUAUGGGUUGCACCAAGAGCGACUCCCCCAGACACUGUCUUUCUUGCAAGUACUUCAACGAUAGUGGUACUUGCGUCCAAAAGUGUCCAUCGACUAAACUCGUCGACGAAGAAUUCAGUCGGUGCCUCACGGUGGUUCAAUGUGCCGACCAACACAGAUCAGUGUUCAAUGGUACUUGCAUCGAAACGUGUCCCGAUUUUUACGAAGCCGACAAAUACGGUCUCUGCAAACGUACUAACAUUAAACUUUGUCAAGGAAUACAGAUCCACGGAUAUAUGGAGCUCGAUCAUUUGAGGGGUUGCACCCAUAUUAAUGGUUCGUUGGACUUGGUACUGGACGAUUAUAUCGAUAGUCGCUUUCUGGAGAGAGGUUUGGGCAGGGUGGUGCAUAUUACCGGGUACUUGAAAAUCAGCCACUCGGAUUCCAUAAUGUCGCUGGAUUUUUUCAAAAGCUUGACGAUCAUCAUGGGGCGACCAACAGAGUUGUGGAGUCGGUACUAUUCGUUGUUCAUCAUCGAAAACCCGAACCUUCAGAAGUUGUUUCACGAGAAUGCGACUCCUAAGAUACUGGGAGGGGAAGCUCUUUUCCAGAAUAACCCACAUUUGUGUCAAUCUGAAAUCGACAAAAUAAACAUUACUAAGAUUAGUGUCAACAAUGGAGGGAAGUGCAUGCCUGAGUUCAACUGUUUUAAAAUUGUCGUGAAAAAUAAUUCAACCAAUGUAACAAUCUCAUGGUGGCUCCCCUACAACGUGACAGUCGUCGGUGGUUAUACCAUCUACUACACAAAAAUCCACCCUGAUAAGUUUAAUCCAGUUCAGAUUAAAGAGGUGUUCUUUGAUAAAGACGGCCUUGCGUAUGAACCUGGUUGGAAUAGCGUCUUCACACCUAACACCUCUGUUCUUAUUAGCAGACUCACCCCUUACACCCACUACGCGUACUACAUCCAGACCAUGUUCAGUCCCGAGGGCGACAACCUCCAAAGCCCCAUCAGCUACUUCCAGACUGCCACUGAUGACCCAUCCGAACCCGACGACGUAGAAACAGAAUCCCAGAAUGAGACCACCGUGACGCUGCAAUGGAAACCCCCGAGACAACUCAACGGGGAUUUAUCCCACUACAUUCUAACCCUCUAUCGCCAAGAAGAUUACCCUCUGGUGGGUCAAAGAAACUUCUGCACCCAACCCUACGAAGACAGCAGCUGUUGUCGCAACCAAGACGAACCCAAUGUCUUCCUCCAACAAGGCGACGUUUGUCUGGGUCUCGGUGACCAUUAUUGUUACGCCAAAACCGCCUACCAGACGGACGUACCUCUACGAAUCUCCAAGAGGUCGGUCAACCCGGUCAAUCAAACCGGUCAGUUUUUUCGAGAGUACAUCAUAAAGGGUACAGAGACGAGCUUCAUCGUCAACAAGUUGAAGCCCUUUACUAUGUAUACGUUCUUCAUGCAAGCUUGUAACCGGAAGGAUAAGGGCGACGGUGACCACUGUGGUGGUUUCACAAUGACCUUCCAAAGAACCCAGAUACGUAGUGGUGACGAUUUGGUCACUGAUGUGUCCGUUCGGGUUGAAAAUACAACAGUGAUUGUCAACUGGACUAAACCCAAAGACCCGAGUUUGCCGAUUCUGGCGUACCGGGUGGAGUACACCAAAGUGGGGUUGCAGUCGUUGAUGGUGGAAUGUCGUACUGAAGAGGAGUUUAUUAGGGAGCGCGGGGUGGUACUGGAGGGGUUGAACGAGGGGAGCUACAUGGUGAGGGUCGGGGUGGUUUCUUUGGCCGGGUACGGGGAAGUGAGGGAUUGGAAGCACUUCGAGGUGUGGAGAGAGAGGAACGAAACUCUGGAGAGUAACGAAACUCGAGAGACGACUGACGACAGUAGAGAAGAUGGAGAUGGUCAAAACAGUAGUACCAGUGGGUGGGUGUACGGUAUUUUGGGGUUAUUGGGGGUGAUGGUUGUCUCCGGGUUAGGGUUUGCCAUUUGGAGGAGGUACCAAGAGGCUCGGGACGCCAACGACCCCAUUUUGAUACCGGUGAUGCGGCCAGACAACGACGAGUGGAAGCUGGAUGACGAAACCGUGGAGAUCAUUGAGGAACUGGGAAAGAAUUACGUGGGGAUUUUGUAUCGGAAUAGUUGAAACUGUAAUUGUAAACGAGUAAAUAAAAAUCUAGUCUUGUG